UUCGCCCUCACCAUGCGCAUGCGCGAUGGGCGUGGCUUUGGCUGUCCCUUCCUUCCCUUCGAGCCAGCCUAGGCCGCCAUUUUGGCGCUGAGGUUCGGUGAGUGGAGGGGCAGGAGUCGGUGUAGCGGCCGAGUUCGUCCAACCCGAACUGGGCCAGGCCGGGCCUGUCGUUGUCGUCUAAGGAGGGUAGCGCGAGGAAAUGCACCGCCACUGAGGGAGACGCCGAGGCCCGCCCACCGCCCUUCCUGAGGCCCUCGCCCGCCAUGUCGUCAGCAGCCCGCUUUGACGCGUCGGACCGCUCGGCCUGGUACGCGGGUCCGCUGUCGAGGGCAGAGGCGCAGUCACGGCUGCAGGGCCAGCGCCACGGCACCUUUCUAGUGCGCGACUCGUCCACUUGUCCCGGCGAUUAUGUCCUGUCGGUCUCGGAGAACUCGCGCGUCUCGCACUACAUCAUCAACUCGCUGCCUGGGCGGCGCUUCAAGAUCGGCGACCAGGAAUUCGAGCACUUGCCAGCCCUCCUCGAUUUCUACAAGAUCCACUAUCUGGACACCACCACCCUCAUCGAGCCCGCGCCCAGGUAUCCGGCUCCAUUAAUGGGAUCUGGAUCAGCCCCCACUUUGCCUGCUGCAGAAGAGAAUGUGGAAUACGUUCGGACUCUUUAUGACUUCCCUGGUAAUGAUGCAGAAGAUUUGCCAUUUAAAAAGGGGGAGAUACUGGUCAUUGUAGACAAGCCAGAAGAACAGUGGUGGAGUGCCAGAAACAAAGAUGGCCGUGUUGGGAUGAUCCCUGUUCCUUAUGUUGAGAAGCUUGUGAGAUCUUCCCCACAUGGGAACAGGAAUUCUAACAGCUAUGGGAUUCCUGAACCUGCUCAUGCUUAUGCUCAGCCGCAGACCACAAAUCCUCUUCCCAAUGUACCUAGUGCUCCUGGGGCAGUGAUCAAUCCACUUCCAUCAACACAGAAUGGACCAGUCUUUGCCAAAGCAAUUCAAAAGAGAGUUCCAUGUGCUUAUGACAAGACUGCCUUGGCAUUAGAGGUUGGUGAUAUUGUGAAGGUCACAAGGAUGAAUAUAAAUGGUCAAUGGGAAGGUGAAGUCAAUGGUCGGAAAGGUCUUUUCCCUUUCACACAUGUCAAAAUAAUUGACCCUCAGAAUCCUGAUGAAAAUGAAUGAUUCACAUUGGCCCAUUUCUGCAUUGCUGCUUCAUUUUUCUGGCUAUCACGAGCAUCGUUUGAAGUGGGAUGAUGACUGUUAAUGGUGUGUGGUAAGCAUAGCCAGUUGCCUAUUUCCCAGUUGUUAUGAUUUGACAGCCCUGUCGUUUGUUUGGAAUGCACACAGCUGAAGUUGCUUAUUGGUGCUCAUAUGGACAGUUGCAUCAUUCAAAAUUUAGUCACUCCUAGAAGAAUUUUGGACCUUAAGCUGCAGAAGAUAUGUUGUGUCUCCCCAGCAGAACAGCUGGGGGCAAAACGUCAGCAAUUGCUGCCAAGGCAACCACAAACAACAUUCUGCUCUGAAGGCAAAUUCUAAGCAUCUCUAUCAACAAUGGAGCAAAGACAACAAAAAUCCAGUUUUAUUUUUCCCUCUGGAGGAGGAAAGACUUUAUUUUAGAGAGAAUAAACUGUUUAAAGCAGCAAUGCAUUUGGAAUAAUAAUCUCUAGGCUAUAUAAUUGGAGUUUGUGUUAACGACACUUUUUUAUGAGUUUGUCAUUGACCUAGAAACAACUUUGGGAUGACAGCAAAGCAUCAUUUUAAAGUAUUGCACCACAGUAGAGGCUUUUAUUUAUAAGUGUGACAGCAGACGUGUCAGUUUGUCACAUCCCUGCCUAAAAUCCAGCAUUUAAACUUGCAUCGAGGGAUUGUUUGCGAAAUCAUUGAGGACAGUUGUUUAUAAUAACUUUUAAAUGGUCCCUAGACUUUUAAAUAUGAUCUUAGAACACAUUAAUUCUCACCAUACACACAAGCUUGAGUGAAAUGGCACUUUCUGCCUCUUUAAAAACAAAAAACAAAACUCCUCACCAAGCAUUGAUAAUCACUAAUCAAGAAUACAGAUAUAAAUUAAAAGGUAUCAUUUGGACAUUUUAACUCUUCUGUGCCCUGCUGUGUUAACUAAACUGUAGCUUUUUUGCUUUAGGUUUUAAACAUUGUAACCAGGAAUAGAAAAUGCAGAAAGUGGAAUUGGCAGUUGAGAAAUCGACUCCCUAAAUGCUAAUUUUUAAAUCUUUUAAGAAUUUUGGACUUGUGGAGCCCAGGUUCAACAGUGUUAAAGUGCCUUAAUUUGAGGAUGAAAGGCGCUGAUGGCGUGCAGUUUCUGCAAAGAAUUCAGAACUGAACAUAUUCAGUCUCAAAAGUGUUUCAGUUCGUUGACUUUUUCAACUGGCUACUGGUCUAGAGAAAGCUUUCUCAGCAAAGGAGAGAGCAGUUUUACUGCCAAACAAAUGUACUGUGAAUUAGACUAGCCUCAAUGCUCCAGAAAGUGUUUCCGCCUUAGGGGUAGAGACCCUCUGUUCUAUAAUGGAAAGUUCUGCAGGUAUUCACUAGAACUCCCAGGUGUGUUCUUGUUUAUUUGUCUUGUUACUGCAGAAUAGUACUACUGAGCUUUGCAUUAUGAAUAUUUAAGCUGCACUAAAAAUCAGUCUGCCAUAAGAUAAUCCUGCUACACAGCUGGCCCCAACACUCACCUUGGCAAUACUGUGUGACCCUCUUUGAAAACACUGUGGAUGCUUUCAGCUUGCCCACUUGCUCUCCUGGUGCUUUCCAAACAUGCUUCUUUAGUUUGGCCAUAUAGAUACUUGAUCCAGAAUCCUCUGCUAAACCCAUUUUAGGAUUGCAAAAAAAAAAAAAAAGGCAUCUAUGCAAGCGAGUGUUGAGCCACUCCCAAGAUCACAAGCCAGAGUUGCCAGGUGCUCCCAGCGGUUUUCACAGGUUGAGCUUCAGAUCCAUCUGAAGCGUAUGUGGGAGUGGCCUGCUUCAGGGCUAAUCAGUGAUGCUUAAGAGAAGCGCACUAAGUUGAUCACUGGCAAAAAUUGACAUCACUGUUUCCUUCACUGUUUUACUUUUAAAAAUAAAUGCUGCAAUUGCUCUGGUUUGUAGGGUUACCGAGGAUGGGAUUAAGGCUAUCCUUGCAUAUACCUGUGCUGUGUCUCAGAGGUAAUCCUGAGAGCUCUUCAGUCUAUGCAUUAUUACAUGGGUGUUAAAAGCCUUGGUAGUGCAGUCCUUAGUAUGUUUACUCAGAAACAGGUCUCAUUGAGAUCAGUGAGACUUGCUCCCUAGUAAGCAUAUGUAAGAUUGGUUUCAAAUUGGUAAUUGGCUUAAAUUUGCUGUCCAAGAAAGAGCCUUUGGAAAGUUUGCCACUCCUGUUGCACCAUUUGGUGCCUCUAAGCAAGAGGGGAGUGGGAACUGCUGCCGCUGGGAAAUCAGGAUUGUUUACAAAUCAGGCAGGAGUACAUAAAAGGGAAUAUCCUGUUUUGGGUGGGGGUUUUGGAGGGGCCAGCCCCUAUUUUUGUAAAGGGAUAGAAAGCAUUCUCUGUGCCAUUUCAUGUGCCUGCAAUAAUUUUUUUGUAUUGUGUAAUUAACAUUCUGGGACUGAGUAGACUGUCCUUCCCAUUUGUUUGUAGUAGGGUUCUUCAGCAUCUCCAGUAAAACAGGACACACAACUGCAGGCCUCCUUCGUGGGACCAGUAGAAGGUUCUGACUAGCUGUCAAAAUUGUCUUGUUUUCCUACUUUGUGUUACUAAAUACAAGCAUGUCCAGAACUAGUAAAUGUGUUCAUUUUUACAGAGGGAAAUGUGGCCUUGUACUUAAGACAGUCAUUACUGUGCAGUUUUAUGUAACUGAGGUAUCAUUUGAAUUUCAGGCAAUAACGUAUUAUUCUUUGUCUUAUUUGGGGGAUCAUCAUAGCGAGUUAUUUUUGGAUUUUUUCUUGUGCUACAAAAUUUAACAGUAUUAACUAUAUUCUUAGAACACAUGAAGUGUCUUUCUUAAGAUUAGUGCCUUUUCAUUGUCUUAAUUUACUUUGCUGUCGGUCCUGUCAUCAAGCCAGUGUUCAGUGCCCAGUUUGUAUAUUCUCAAUAAAACAUACAUCACCUUG